CAGACGCGCAGCGGACAAGUUGUCAAUUGAAAUACGUUUCUGCGGCUCCACAUAAAUGCUGACUGCUGCUGCUGGCCAUGAUGUCUUGGCCAAAACAAUGGGGCUUCGCUAGCCUCUGGCUGCCCGUGCUGAUCGGCCUGCUCCACACACAAAAUGCAUCAGCUUUCAUUGUGCCCCGGGAACUGCCCUCCAUCUUAUCCAUAGUUUACUCCAAUAUACCACCGAUUAAAAAGGGAACUGAUUCCCGUCUGGGCUUUGGCUUUCGCCUGGGCGAGCAUGCGGACUUUCAGGUGAUGGUGGAACUGGGUCCCCAGAAGGAGACCCGUCCCAUCGGUGAGCCCAGCCAGGAUGAUCAGUCGUUCAGCAAGCGCCAGGUGAGCCAGAGCGAUCAGAAGGCACUGGCCCGCCAACUCUACCGCCAGCAGGUGAUGGAGGAGGCGGAGAGAUUGAUGACCUCCACGGAGAGGAAUGGGGCCAGCUGGCUGGAGACCUGGUCGAAUGGCAUGAAGCCGCAGAAGCACAAAUCGAAGGAUCAGCUCAAAAGACCGGCGAAAGAAAGUUCCGCUGUCAAUUAUCAGAAUGAGAAGGCACAGGCCUCAGAUCCCUCCAGUGCCAUGAAGCAGCUGCAGUUGCUUUACAAAAUGGCCACCAGUUCCAGCACCACAUCCACCACAACAGUGCCUCCUGUCUUCACUGGAGGAUCCCUCAAACUGGGUGCUCCAAGUGGCUUUAAGCUGCCUCCACCUGCUCUCAGCCAGGAUACCAACACGCUGAGCAAUCCUGUUCCUCUCAAGAGCAAAACUGAGAUCACCAAGGAGCUAAUGGAUGUCAGUCUGGAGACGAGCACGUAGGUUGUGCGCCUAUCUAGUUACUAAUUAACCUCUGUAUACAAAUACGCGUGUAUUUGGGUGCUUAGCAAAUCUGUGUGUAGUAUGGCUUAGCUAUCUUUUGUAAAUAAAAUUAAAACUAAACAUAGGUU